GUGUUUACACCAUUCGUUUUUCUUUUUCGGGGGAAAAUUUGAAUACUCUAGCGUACCAAAAGGUAUUCUGUCCUAAGAAUGGGAAGCAAAAUACUUUUCCUAAUAGGUGGGAUGGUAUUCGCCACGGAAGUUGUUUGGCAACUGUACAAAAGGCUUUACAAUCCCCGGAACGGUAGGAUUCCGCUAACAAUCGCGAAAAAGCCGGAACAAAACAUCUCGGAGGUCAUGUUCUUCUCCAGAGAGUCCAGUUUUUGUCGUGCUCACGUGAACAACAAUGAGGCUUGCCUGAAAAGUACCUGUCCGGUCCAAUAUUUAAGACGAAUGGAAGGUUACAUAAAUCGCGCCGAGAAGAGAUUAGAUGUGUGCAUGUACGUGCUGACUUGUCAAUUACUAUCGAAAGCAAUCGUAAACGCGCACAAACGUGGCGUAAUCGUGAAUAUAAUACUGGAUCGACGGAUGGCUUGCACCGAUUCGUCGCAAACGGCUCUCUUUCACGGGAACGGCAUCGCGGUCAGAAUGCAAGAGCUUGAUGUCCUGAUGCAUCACAAGUUCGUGAUCGUGGACAACGAGAUAGUGAUCACCGGCAGCGUCAACUGGACAAUGUCCGCGUUCUUCGGUAAUUUCGAGAACAUACUCGUGACCAAUCAGCCCUCUAUCGUCUUACCUUUCGUCGAAGAAUUCGACAAGUUGUGGAAACUGCUCGAGUAUCCGAUUGAAUCCGAAUCGGAGGGAAAUCGAAGACGUCUGCCCUUCAACCCUACCAAAGGCAUUAUGUGGAAUAUGUGA